AUGAGGACCAUGAAGAAAGGCGCUCUGCUACUCGUUCUCGAAGAACCAAUUCUCAUCACCAAGUUACAAAAAAUUCCUCGCAAGCGCAGUCCACCAACACUCCGCCUAGGUAGUGCAACCGAGAAGGUCGACCCUUGCAAACCAACGAAGAAGUCAAUCAUCAUCACCCAAAUCGUGAAGGUUAUUAACGUGACUGAUUAG